AUGGGUUCCAGAACAGUCCCAUUUGAACCGGGUCGACCGGUUGGAUUCUUGGGUUUAAUGAGGAACAAGAAUAUUGGGUUUGUGGAGGACUCUUUGAAUGAGAAUUCUUUGGUGUCCUUUUUGUGUUUACUUAGAGUAGCUGAUGCUGGUGCCAAGAAGUGGCAGUCACAACAACUACUGCUUUCGGAUAAAGACGGUGUCAAGGGUACAUAUCGGGUAGAUACUGAUAUUCCAGCACAUGAUUGGGCUAAUAUUGCUUAUUUCUAUGACGUUCUAGUAUUUAACACUGGUCACUGGUGGGGCUAUGAUAAAUUCCCGAAAGAGAUGCCUCUCGUUUUCUUUGAGGGCAGAAUGCCAAAACAUCCUCCUCUAGAAAUGUUGGACUGUUUUAAAGUUGUUCUUGAGAACAUGGUAGCUCACAUUGAGAAAGUAUUUCCAAAAAGGAUGCCAAGUUCCGGCGGCUGCAAUCCCCGAGACACUUUCACGGUGGUGACUGGAAUCAGAAUGGUAGUUGCUUGUUUGACGAGCCCCUUGAGGAACUCCAGAUGCGCAUCCAGCAAUAUGGUUGGGAAAAAGAGAUGUAGUUUCCAUCUGGGGUCAGGAUUGCAUGCACCGGUGCCUACUGGGCAUUCCCGAUACAUGGUUGAUAUCUUGACACAACUGAUUGGAUAUAGCUUGGAGUCUGGGUGA